GCUCUCACUCGCGCUGCGAUCGCCCUGCGCUCUCUGUCAGGCUCGAAGCUGUACCCGCCACCCAGCUGCCCGCCCGGCUGCCGGCUCCUAUCCGUGGCGCAGAUGGCUGUGCGCGGCGCCAGCACCUUGACGCCCUUCUCCAUCCAGGCGAUCCUCAACAAGAAAGAAGAGCGCGGCGGGCUGGCUGCGCCGGAGGGGCGCCCGGCACCCGGGGGCACGGAAGUGGCGGUGUCCGCGGCGCCCGCCGUCUGCUGCUGGCGGCUCUUCGGGGAGACCGACGCGGGUGUACUGGGGGGCGCUGAGGACUCUCGGCUGGCGUCUCCCAUUCGAACCAGAACAGCUGUGGGGCAGAGCGCGGAGAGCCCGGGAGCUUGGGACUCGGACUCUGCUCUGAGUGAGGAGAACGAGGGCAGGAGGCGCUGCGCCGACGUUCCGGGAGCCAGCGGAGCCUGCCGCACCAGGGUGACCCUGGGCCUGGACCAGCCGAUCUGCGAGAUGCAUGCCGCCGUCAAGGACUUGGAGGAGGAAGUCCCAGUCCGUAGCGACAGCGAGAUGUCAGCCAGUGUCUCAGGCGACCACAGCCCAAGAGCCGAGGACGACGGCGUUAGCCUCGGAGGUGCACGCGUGCCUGGGUUGUGCAACUCAGCCGGCAGCGGAGCUAGCGGCGCUCAGGCAGGCGGCAUGGAGGAGGAGGAAGAGCCCGCAGCCCCCAAGCCUCGAAAGAAACGUUCUAGGGCAGCCUUCUCGCAUGCCCAGGUCUUCGAGUUGGAGCGCCGUUUUAACCAUCAACGCUACCUGUCCGGGCCAGAGCGCGCAGACCUGGCAGCUUCCCUGAAGCUCACUGAGACGCAGGUCAAAAUCUGGUUUCAGAAUCGUCGCUACAAGACCAAACGCAGGCAGAUGGCCGCAGACCUGCUCGCCUCAGCGCCCGCCGCCAAGAAAGUGGCAGUAAAGGUGCUGGUGCGUGAUGACCAAAGACAGUAUCUGCCGGGAGAGGUGUUGAGGCCCCCCUCUCUUCUGCCACUGCAGCCCUCCUAUUACUACCCUUACUACUGCCUCCCGGGCUGGGCGCUGUCCACAUGCGCGGCCGCCGCUGGUACCCAGUGAGCCGCUUUGCGGAGAGGCAACGAAUGAUUCCCGCGCCCCAGUUUGCACCCCUGCGGACAGGUGUAGAGACUGUACUCAGUGUAGGCGAG